GAGGGUGCCCUGGACCUGCUGAAUGAACUGAAGAGCUUCAACAUGACGCUGAAACUUCUGCAGGUAGAGGACCAGCAGCAGGAAAAUCCCACUCACCUGUUAUGUAAUAUUUAGGUGAACAGAAGUUUCAUAUUUUAUGCUACUUCUACAUUGAACAUGAAAUAUUAUCAAAUUCAUGGGGAAUACAGUGCAGUCAGUGCAAUUUCUCCACAAACAGGGAAUGGAUUAUCUAGUUAUGCCUACUCCAAAUGAUAAGUGUGCACUCAUUAUUGAAGUGUAAACUCAUUAUUUCAAGGUUCACAUGCAACAAACCAUUCUCUCCACUGAAUAGGAAACGAGGAUCGGCAUGUCUGUGAAUGGAAUCAGGAAGCACUGCACAGACGACGAGGUCGUUUCCCUGGCCAAGAUCCUCAUCAAGGACUGGAAGAGACUGCUGGGUAGGAGUGUAGGAGACUGUCUUUCAGACAGUGGAGCUGUCUGGAGUUGCGUUUUACAGUAUACGCAGUAUGUAGAGACAACAUUUUCAACCCUCUUUGCCCCCUAGAUGCUGCACGUACUCAGAAUACUGAGAGGCCCAAUGAGAUGAAGAAUGGGGUUGACUCCAACAAAUCCACAGGGUCCCCAGUCAGGUCCCCCUCAGAGAAAGACACCAGGUAGGUGCAUACACACGCACUCGCACACACUCAAACCAUUGCCUGCAUGUGAAGGCAAAAAUGUAAACAUAGAAAAGGGGAAGAUACGGCAUCUGGUGUGGUCUGUGUUUUUUUGCUAUAGUCACAAGAGGCCGGAUGUUUCUGAUUCAGAUCCUGAAUCUGAAAAGGAAGAAUACUCUGACAAACGGCGAAAAGAGAAGGCCAAUGUUGAACACAAAAAAGACGAGAGAGCUGUUGACCUUAAAAGGGAGAGAUAUACAGAUGCAUUCAAAAACAAACAGCAUGCAGAACAAUCCAAAAAUGGAAAACAUACAAAAGAUGCCAGAAAAGAAAGACAUGUAGAACACUCCAAAAAAGAACAACACUUAGAAGAACCCAAAAAGGAGAGACACUUCGAAGAAUCCAGAAAAGAAAGACAUGUACCUGUACAUGACACAAAAAAUGAAAGACAUGUGCAAGAACCCAAGAAAGAAAGACAUUUAGAAGAACCCAAGAAAGAAAGUCAUUUCGAAGAACCCAAAAAUAAAAGCCACUCAGACAAACCCAGAAGGGAGAGUUUUGCAGAUGAACUGAGAAACGAAAGACACACAGAGGAACGCAGAAAGGAGAUACCAAUGUACGAACCCCCACAAGAGAGACCUGUUGAAAACCACAGAAAAGGGUUUGAGAGGUGAGAGGUGCCUCUGUUAAGUUGAUUCCAUACAGUCUAGAGAGGACCAGGGCUGGGCCUCAGGGAUGUGUUGUGUUUUCAGGAGAAGCGUCUUGGACGAUCUUUACCCCUGUUGUUACUCUCCUCCUCGACCCCCCCGACCACCCCGCCUUCCUCCCCCUGUCAGACGUAUGUCUGGGGAGAUGAAUAAAGGGGUGAAGAAGGAGAGAGAAAGGUCAGGAUGGAUAGAUACUCUGGUGUCAACGCAUGGAACUUUUCUGAGAACACUGUAUUAAUUAGCAGAUGCUUUGGUGCAUUACUGAAUGAGUAGUUUGUACAGAUAUAAGGCUACAGUUUGAGAUGUUUAUAUUGGAAGCCCUUGAGGUGGAUUGCACACUAACCUUGUUGUUUCACUGACUUGUUCAUACAGCAUACCCACUGGGCACACCACGUCAUUUCAACGUGGAAAUCUGGGUAAUAUUUGGUAGAGAUGUUGAUCAAUGAGAUUUCAACCUUUAUUCACCCACUCAAAAAGUCAGCCAGAAGUUGGUUGAAUUCCCAAUGCGUUGUCACUAUGCUUGCAACCAUCUAAAAGCAAAACUAAAUUCCAUUGGAAAAACAAUGUCAGAUUAUUGUUCUCAUCUAAAUGUGUUAUCAGUGCGCUUUCAACCAUUUUAAUGUCAGAUAUUUAGUAUUUAAUCAAAUCAAAUCAAAUUGUAUUGGCCACAUGCGCCGAAUACAACAGGUGCAGACAUUACAGUGAAAUGCUUACUUACAGCCCUUAACCAACAGUGCAUUUUUUUAAAAUAAAAAAGUAGAAUAAAACAAAAAAGUGUUGAGAAAAAAAGAGCAGAAGUAAAAUAAAAUAACAGUAGGGAGGCUAUAUAUACAGGGGGGUACCGGUGCAGAGUCAAUGUGCGGGGGCACCGGCUAGUUGAGGUAGUUGAAGUAAUAUGUACAUGUGGGUAGAGUUAAAGUGACUAUGCAUAAAUAAUUAACAGAGUAGCAGCAGCGUAAAAAGAUGGGGUGGGGGGGGGGCAGUGCAAAUAGUUCGGGUAGCCAUGAUUAGCUGUUUAGGAGUUUUAUGGCUUGGGGGUAGAAGCUGUUGAGAAGUAUUUUGGACCUAGACUUGGCACUCCGGUACCGCUUGCCGUGCGGUAGCAGAGAGAAUGGUCUAUGACUAGGGUGGCUGGAGUCUUUGACAAUUUUGAGGGCCUUCCUCUGACACCGCCUGGUAUAGAGGUACUGGAUGGCAGGAAGCUUGGCCCCAGUGAUGUACUGGGCCGUACGCACUACCCUCUGUAGUGCCUUACGGUCGGAGGCCAAGCAGUUGCCAUACCAGGCGGUGAUGCAACCAGUCAGGAUGCUCUCGAUGGUGCAGCUGUAGAAUUGUUUAUGUUUUAUCACUGUGCUUAAUCUAAUUGCACAACCAAAUUCCCUGGAUUGCAGUUGAGAUUACAUUAAAAGUACAUAGUGCAAGUGUUCAAUGCUGUAGAGAUUCUUCACAGAUUAUUAUAGCAAUUGUGAAGAUCUCCACAGAACUGCGACCUUUGCACGCUAUCUUGUACACUUUCUAUGAUUACAUAAAAAUACAUGUAUAGUUACAGUAGGCUAACCUAAAAAUGUGGCCAUAGAUGUGUUACUCAUUGUAGCCCUUUCCUGCAGUCAAAUGACCUUGUGGCCUCAUGGGUGGAAUGUUAUUAAUAUUUUUCAUAAUUUCAUAAUUCAUUUUAAAAAAUGUAUCCGGUGUUUGUAUGUCAAACGGGUUUGUUAUUAUAAUAAUAAUAAUAAUAAUAAUAAUAAUAAUAAUAUGCCAUUUAGCAGACGCUUUUAUCCAAAGCGAAAAAUGUUUGUGUAUGGGUGGUCCCGGGGUUCGAACCCACUACCCUGGCGUUACAAGCGCCCUGCUCUACCAGCUGAGCUACAGAGGACCACGCUAUAUUUCAGUCUUCUGUGAUGUAUAUAAAGUGUAAUAUUGGGAUGCAAACUAAACAUUUGAUACAUUUCAACACUAUAUCUGACAUGGUACAGGUGUCUUCUAUUUUUUAAGCCCAUAACCAUGUCUGUGAGGUGUAUACUUUUGUUUCAAAGUAGAUUUGUUUAAGACUACCAAGAAACACUCUGUGUGACCCUGAUUUUAGCCCAUUGCAGUAAAAUGUUAAGGUUGAAUAAAUACUGUUACUUUAGUUUGUAAAAUAGCCUUAACUUUAGGCUAUUUACUGUAUUACAAAAGUCAUAUUGAAUUGUGUUUGGUUGUCAACACAAUCAGAUAUCAACAUUUUUAAAGGAUAUCUAAUGCUUGGAUAGUUUAAUAUGAGCCACUGGCUUAAUCCUAUUCUUUAACUUGUAUUUUUGGUUUAGUUGCAGACGUGAAUCCAACAUAUCAUUUCUAACACUUGUCGACAAGUUAAUAUGCUAUUUACUGUAUUGCAAAAGUGAUAUUGAAUUGUGUUUGAUUGUCAACUCAACCAAAUAUCAACAUUUGAAGGACAUGUCUUUUGUGCCACUGACUAGUCUGGCUUUAAUUCCAGUUUGUCUACAAAUGAAUAAUUGAUAUGUUGGAUUCACUUCUCCAUCUCAACCAUGAAUCAAAGUUAAAGAAUAUGACUAAAUCAAAUCAAACUUUAUUUAAAGUGCAUUUAAAGUUUUAUUUGAUUUAGUCCUAUUUUUUUUAUCGGAUCUUUGGUUGAGAUGGAAAAACGUGAAUCCAACAUAUUAAUGAUUAACUUGAAGAUGAAAUUAGAAGUCAACCAAAGCGUGAAACCCUAGGCCUAUAUGUAUUGUCUAUUUUAGUUGAACCCUGGGUUUAAUUGAAACAAUGUUGAUGACUUUUCAAAUGCUAUACAGGCCUAAAUAUAUAAUUGAUGAUAUAUGACUUAUAAAGUAUGGUUACAUUUCAUUUGCUCUGUUAAACCUACCCUUUGGAAUGAUUUUGAUAGCAACAGUGAAUAUACACUGAGUAUACAAAACGUUAGGAACACCUGCUCUUUCCAUGACAUAGACUGACCGUGUGAAUCCAGGUGAAAGCUAUUAUCCCUUAUUGAUGUCACUUGUUAAAUCCACUUAAAUCAGUGUAGAUUAAGGGGAGCAGACAGGUUAAAGGACUUUUAAGCCUUGAGACAAUUGAAAUAUGGAUUGUAUGUGUGCCAUUCAGAGGGUGAAUGGGCAAGACAAAAGAUUUAAGUGCCUUUGAACGGGGUAUGAUAGUAGGUGCCACGUGCACCGGUUUGUGUCAAGAACUGCAACGCUGCUAGGUUUUUCACACUCAACAGUUUCCCGUGGGUAUCAAGAAUGGUCCACCACACAAAGGACAUCCAGCCAACUCACACACAACUAUUUCAUGUUUCUAAAUGAUUUCUUUAUUCAGAUGAAGGGUACUGCUAUGGGAUCCCCUAUGGCUCCUAACUGCUAAUUUGUAUGUGGGUUACAUGGAGAAACAGUCAAUUUUCAAUCCUCUCAAAAAUGUUUUCUUGCCUAACAUUAUUAUUUGGAAACGGUACAUUGAUGAUAUUUUUGUUCUAUGGAGGGGUGAUUCAAAACAGCCCCAGUCAUUCCAUGUUUUUCUUAACUCUUGUUCUGAGCACCUGAGAUUUACUAUGCAAUCUGACACACGUCAAAUUAGUUUCCUUGAUCGUCUGAUUUUUUGUGAGGAUAAUGUUCUAAACACAGGAAACCUACUGAUUGGAACAGUUUGUUGAGGGCUGAUAGCUUCCCUUGAAAAACAGUUUGCCCUACAGCCAAUUCUGUUGAAUCAAAAGAAUUUGCAAAAAACUAUCAAGAUUUCGACAGAAAUAUGGCUGAGACGUAAAGAAAAUUCAAGGAGGGGGGUACAAAAAUGGUCAGAUUAAUACUGCCAUUGAGAAAAUUCAAAACAAAUCGAGACGUGAUCUUUUUCAAGGACAGUCUCGCAAAAAGAAGCAUUCUUGCGUUCUAACUACAUGCUAUUCAAAGUGCUCUGAACAAAUUAAGGGAAUCGUUCACAAACAUUGGCACAUUCUAAGAUCCGAUGACAGUAUCGGUAAUGUGUUUUCGGACCCUCGCUUGGUCGUAUUCUCGCGGGGCAGAAAUCUCAGAGAUCAAUUGGUAAACUCUGAUUUACCACCCCAAAAUAUCCCUGCACGUCUAUUUGCGCCUCAACCGGAUGGAAACUACAAGUGUAAUGGUUGCGCUCAAUGCAAUGGCACUUACAAAUGUAGAUCCUUCAAACACCCCCAAACAGGGAAACAAAUCCCAAUAAAAGGUGUUAUCACGUGCUCCACUAAGGCAGUUAUUUAUCUUAUAACUUGUCCUUGUGGUAAAAAUGAUGUGGGUAAAACAAAGCAUGAAUUAAAAGUACGAAUCUCGGAGCAUCGUAGCACCAUUAGGUGCAAAAACUUGACGUACCCAGUCACGGCCCACUUUUUUGGAAGCGAACCACUCCCUAGGAGAGGGGGUGACCCCGACAACUUAUUGUUAAAACGAGAGGCUGCCUGGAUCUUUAAUUUAAAGACCCUUGCUCCCUUCGGUCUCAACAUAGACUUUGAUCUGAAGCCAUUCUGGUGAUUAUUUUGAUUUUGCUAUUCAUUGUAAAUGUUUGUAGGCCUAUGUAGCCAAAUUGUAUUUAUGAUCGUAUGCUAUCCAUUCAUGUUUUUUGUAUGUUCUGUUUAUCUGUGAAUUAACCAAUGAUAUAAGGCCACACCCGGCCAUGAUUACAGACACCUGUGUGUGUCCUUUUACACUAUAUAAGGGGGGGUGUACCAAAUGUAAUCAAAAUUACGAGGGUGUACCAAAUGUUUGGUAUACUCAGUGUAUGUAGUAAUUAAGAGCUCUCUCAAUAACCAUUUUCACGAUAGCAUAUUGGUAGUUGUCAGUGACAAAUAUCAAAGCUAAGCAGGGCUGGGAUUGGUUAAAACCCUGGAUGGGAGACCAAAUUAAUAGCUGUAGAUAGAUCAAUUCUCCAUUAGGAGGUGGUAGCCAGCCUAUUGUUUUAUUUUCUCAUAGUGGAUAUAGUGAUGUUGUUUCACAGUUUCAAAUUCAACACAUUUUAUACAAGGUUUGUCUAUCUUGAGUAUUCGUUACAAUGAUGACAUAAUCUGUGGUUGAUUCCAUGUCAGAAUAUGUUGACAAAUUACGUUGAUUCAACCAGUUUGUGCCCAGUGGGUAGUAACUUGAAGAGUGACUUACCCAGCACCCACUUCUGCAUGGUGCACGGUGUGAUCAUGGUCAAUUAUGCAUGCUUUCGUUAAUCUUUCGAUUUGUGCUGGUUGUAUUAGUUCUGGAAAGCAUGGUCUUUCUCUGAUUUCAUUUGGAAUAUUUCGAUUUCCAUUCAGGAGAGAUUCUUCAGACACUCUGUCUCCUUCUCGUCCUCACCCUCGUCCCACCCCUCCAUCCAGACAUACCUCAGUGAAGGUGAAGAAAGAGAGGUCAGAGGGCAUGCUGUUUGUGAAUAGACUGAGUUGUGUAUAAUGGUCCAUAGUUUGUGUUUGAUAAAACAGAGGUAGGUGAUGAUCUGACACAGUGAAAUCUGCCCUGAAAUCACUGUUUUACUAUUUGUUUUGUUAUCAUAGGUUAUACUUUAUACAGCACAGCAAAGUCAAAAACAUUGCAACUAUGUGCAUGUUCCUCCUUUUUUGAUGAAAACUGUCAGCGAUACACAGAAAAUGACUAAAGUUUUCAGAAUUGCAAUAGAUUAUUUAGUCUGUUGGUUUUUCAUUUAGGAAAAAAGCUCCUCCUGACCCUAAUGCCCCGCUUCCUCCUCUUCAUCCUCAUCCUUCUAUGCCCACUGCAGCAGAGGUCAAGAAGGAGAGGUCAGAGUCAGCUUUUCUUUUCUUUAUUUUUUUCCAUAAACUAUAUAUUUUUUCACAAGACAUAUUGGACUACAGUAUAAAUUGUGCUUCCUGUAUUAUACUUAUGCUAAAAUGUUUAUUCUAUUCUACUGAGCCAUUUACUUUAUGUUCCUUCGUAUUCUUAUCUUUUGUUAUUUCUUAUUGUUGUUGCAUUGUUGAAGUAACCUGCAAGCGGUGAUGGAAAAAGUACGCAAUUGUCAUACUUGAGUAAAAGUAAAGAUACCGUAAUAGAAAAUUACUUGAGUAAAAGUGAAAGUCACCCAGUAAAAUACUACUUGAGUAAAAGUAUUUGGUUUUAAAUAUACUUAAGUAUCAAAGGUAAAUGUAAUUGCUAAAAUAUACUUAAGUAUCAAAAGUAAAAGUAUACAUUAUUUCAAAUUGUCUUAUAUUAAGCAAACCAGACGGCACCAUUUUCUUGUUUUUUUUAAUAUUUACUGAUACCCAGGGGCACACUCCAACACUCAGACAUAAUUUACAAAUGAAGCGUUUGUGUUUAGUGAGUCCGCCAGAUCUGAGGCAGUAGAGAUGUAGAGAUGACCAGGGAUGUUCUCUUGAUAAGUGUGUGAAUUGGACCAUUUUCCUGUCCUGCUAAGCAUUCAAAAUGUAACGAGUACUUUUGGGUGUCAGGGAAAAUGUAUGGAGUAAAAAGUACAUCAUUUUCUUUAGGAAUGUAGUGAAGUAAAAGUUGUCAAAAAUAUAAAUAGUACAGAUACCCCCAAAAAACUACUUAUGUUGUACUUUAAAGUAUUUUUACUUAAGUACUUUACACCACUGCCUGCAAGUAAGCAUUUCGUUGGAUGGUGCAUGUGUAUAUCUUAUAUACGACUAAUAAAACUUGAAACAUGAGUGUGCUACUAUACUAUCGAUAGUAAUGAUGAAUAGUAGUGAUGAUUGAAAAUAAUAUUUUACAUUUAGAAAAGAGCCUCUGCAGAUUUCUGUGGCUCAGGUGGUUAGAAAAGAGCCUCCGGACCCCAAUGCUCCUUUUGCUCCUCUUCCUCUCCAUCUCCAUCCUCCCCCUUCUGUGAAGCGCCCGUCAGUGGAAGUCAAAAAGGAGAGGUCAGGGUCGCUGUGAUGUUGCAUGGUUGUUUUUUUUGUGUGGUUACUUUUGAGUCUCGGCAAUGUUUAUUCUCUGUGACAUUGUUGAACUGCUCCUAUUGACAGAUACGCUUAAUGGAUUCUAUUCAUUUCGAUACUAAGCAUUUUUGUUGCUUUUCUUUGUGAAGUUUCAAACAUCACUUUCUUUGCCAUUUGCUACCCAGAAAAGAGUCGUCAGAUUACAAACCCGUUUCUCUGAAGGUGACAUCAUCUGACCAUGUGAAAAAGGACAGGUCUGGGAUCUGUAAAUCAUACUACCUCAUUCAUGUUGAGUGUGCUCAAUUGUGUAUAGCCUUUUCAGUACAUGUUCCUGAUGUAAUGAUAAAUAUAGUAAAUAUAGUAUCCAACAGUCCGUUAAUAGUUCCUGUUAUACAGUGCCUUCGGAAAGUAUUCAGACCCCUUGACUUUUUCCACAUUUUGUUAGGUUACAGCCUUAUUUAAAAUUGAUUUAAAUAGUUUUUUUUCUUCAUCAAUCUACACAUAAUACCCCAUAAUGACAAAGCAAAAAUGGGUUUUUACCUACAUUUUUGCUAAUUUGCUAAAAAUAUGAAAAUAAAAUAAAUUAUUUACAUAAGUAUUCAGACCCUUUACUCAGUACUUUGUUGAAGCACCUUUGGCAGUGAUUACAGCCUUGAGUCUUCUUGGGUAUGACGCUACAAGCGUGGCACACCUGUAUUCUUCUCUGCAGAUCCUCUCAAACUAUGUCAGGUUGGAACGUGAGCGUCGCUGAACAGCUAUUUUCAGGUCUCUCCAGAGAUGUUAGAUCUGGUUCAAGUCCGGGCUCUGGCUGGACCACUCAAGGACAUUCAGAGACUUGUCCCGAAGCCACUCCUGCGUUGUCUUGGCUGUGUGCUUAGGGUCGUUGUCCUGUUGUAAGGUGAACCUUCUCCCCAGUCUGAGGUCCUGAGCGCUCUGGAGCAGGUUUUCAUCAAGGAUCUCUCUGUACUUUGCUCCAUUCAUCUUUGCCUUGAUCCUGACUAGUCUCCCAGUCUCUGCCGCUGAAAAACAUCCCCACAGCAUGAUGCUUCCUCCACCAUGCUUCACCGUAGGGAUGGUGCCAGGUUUCCUCCAGACGUGACACUUGGCAUUCAGGCCAAAUAGUUCAAUCUUGGUUUCAUCAUACCAGAGAAUCUUGUUUCUCAUGGUCUGAAAAUCUAUAGGUGCCUUUUGGCAAACUCCAAGCAGGAGUCCUUCUGGAAGGUUCUCGCAUCUCCACAGAGGAACUCUAGAGCUCUGUCCGAGUGACCAUCUUGUUCUUGGUCACCUCCCUGACCAAGGCCCUUCUCCCCCGAUUGCUCAGUUUGGCCGGGCGGCCAGCUCUAGCAAGAGUCUAGGUGGUUCCAAACUUCUUCCAUUUAAGAAUGUUGGAGGCUACUGUGUUCUUGGGGACCUUCAAUGCUGCAGAAAUGUUUUGGUACCCUUCCCCAGAUCUGUGUCUCGACACAAUCUUGUCUCGGAGCUCUAUGGACAAUUCCUUCGACUUCAUGGCUUGAUUUUUGCUCUGACAUAUACUGUCAACUGUGGGACCUUAUAUAGACAGGUGUGUGCCUUUCCAAAUCAUGUCCAAUCAAUUGAAUUUACCACAGGUGGACUCCAAUCAAGUUGUAGAAACAUCUCAAGGAUGAUCAAUGAUAACAGGAUGCACCUGGGCUCAAUUUCGAGUCUCAUAGCAAAGGGUCUGAAUACUUAUGCAAAUAAGGUAUUUCUGUUUUUUAUUUGUAAUAAAUGUGCAAACAUUUCUAAAAACCUGUUUUCACUUUGUCGUUAUGGGGUAUUGUGUGCAGAUUGCUGAGGAUUUUUAUUUUAUUUAAUCCAUUUUAGAAUAAGGCGGUAGCAUAACAAAAUGUGGAAAAAGUCAAGGGGUCUGAAUACUUUCCGAAGGCACUGUAUUUAUCAUGACAUUCUCUAAAUGCGGAUGAUGAUGAUGAUGAUGAUGUAAUUUGGUUAAAUGAGAUUAUUAUUAUGAGAACAGUUGCUAAACGCUGCUAACCGCUCUCCUUUUGCAGAAAAGACUCAGAUAGCAAAGUGCCCAAAAGACCAUCUGUUGAUGCCAAGAAAGAAAGGUUGGCAAGCCAUAGUACACAGUUGCAUGCAUAAUUAUACACUGCAUGUGGGCCUAUGUGCUUGUUUAAGUUGAAUCCCACUGACAUAAGUUGUGGUUGUAUAUUUGGUGAUAUUAGAGAAUUGUUUGUUAACCUUUUCAUUGGAGCAGAGGUCUUCAUAGGGAAAUACUGUAUGUGUGCAUAUUUAUCAGUGCAUCGCCAUCUUGUCAUCUUGUCUGCCCUCUGCUGGUGAGGCUGUUUGAUGAAGUAUGCCUGCUCCCUGAAUGCUGUGUGCUUUUUGCCAAUCAGACAUGGCUGCACUACAUGCAAAUGUUACAUACAAAUGUUUCCUGUUUCAGAAAGGAUUUGUCAGAUUCCAAACCAAAACCUGCUAAAAGGCAGAGUCUGGACUCGUCAGAUUCCAAACAAAAACCUCCUAAAAGGCCAAAUCUGGAUGGCAAGAAAGAC